AUGGCUAUCGUUUCAGAGGACCGUCACGGGCUCCGUCUCCCCAAUCCACCUCCAUUGCUCCAUACUCGGGGUCAGUUCGACCGUCCUGGCACCCCGGAUGCCUUCACCAGUCCACCACAGACCCCUCAAGGGAGUCCCAGCAAGUCACGACCGCCACCCGGCGCACUCGAUUUGCCCAAUGUCUUCGACAAGGCCAUGAAACUGACUCCAACCUCCCCCUCCAAAUCGACCUACAACCACUACAAUCACCCCAUGUUCUCCGACAAAAGUGAGAACUUUAACGAGAGCGUGAUUCACCAAGCCCCGCCAAGCCCAACACGCCGAUCCAACAAGGAGAACACACCUCCCAACCCAGUGCGCCUAACCAAGGAUUUGGGCUCCACCCCGACCGCCGCAGCAUUGUCGCGCCAGGAACUAUAUCAACCGCGCGAUGAGACCACAAAACGCCAGGUGCAGAUGCGUGGCCUGACCCCGGAGGAGAUCGAGAAGCUCGCACAGCCCAAGGUCAAGCGCCUGGUCAAUGUGACCCAACUCUAUUUUCUCGACCACUACUUCGACCUCCUCAGCUAUGUCCACAAUCGCCAAACCCGCCACACCCAAUUUAAAGCCGCCUACCCCGAUCCCCCCGUGACCCCUGAAGAGGAGCACGAACCUGCGCUUCUCAAAUAUCUCGGUCGCGAGCGUGCGCAUCUGCGUAAGCGUCGCACCCGUCUUCGACAGGGUGACUUCCAGAUCUUGACCCAAGUUGGUCAGGGCGGAUAUGGGCAGGUCUACUUGGCGCAGAAGAAGGAUACCCGGGAGGUGUGCGCAUUGAAAGUGAUGAGCAAGAAAUUGCUGUUCAAAUUGGAUGAGAUCCGGCAUAUUCUCACUGAGCGCGAUAUUCUUACGGCUGCGAAGAGUGAUUGGCUGGUAAAACUGCUGUACGCCUUCCAGGAUGACACGCAGAUUUACCUCGCCAUGGAAUAUGUUCCUGGUGGUGACUUCCGCACCCUUCUGAAUAAUACCGGUGUUCUGCACAACCGACAUGCGCGGUUCUACAUCGCUGAGAUGUUUAGCUGUAUCGAUGCUCUUCACAUUCUGGGUUAUAUUCACCGUGAUCUCAAGCCGGAGAAUUUCCUCAUUGACUCCACCGGUCAUGUCAAGCUGACUGACUUUGGUCUGGCGGCUGGUAUGCUGAGUCCCGGAAAGAUUGAAUCUAUGCGCGUCAAGUUGGAAGAAGUCGGAAACACACCCGUUCCCUUCGGUCGCCCCAUGGAACAACGAACAAUGGCCGAGCGCCGACAAGGUUAUCAAUCAUUGCGCCAACGUGAAGUCAAUUACGCCAAGUCCAUUGUCGGCUCACCAGACUACAUGGCCCCCGAGGUACUCAAGGGUGAACAGUAUGACUUUACUGUCGAUUACUGGAGUUUGGGCUGUAUGUUGUUCGAGGCCUUGGCUGGAUAUCCACCCUUUGCAGGAGCGACAGUCGAAGAGACAUGGCAGAACUUGAAGCGCUGGCAAAAGGUUCUGCGAAAGCCAGUCUACGAAGAUCCCAAUUACUUCCUCUCACGGCGGACUUGGGACCUCAUCACCAGACUGGUUGCUGGAAAAGAUACCCGCUUCAAGAACAUCAAGGAGAUUCACGCCCACGAUUACUUUGCCGAGGUUGACUUCGCCAAUCUCCGCGAGCAGCGUGCUCCUUUCGUUCCCGAACUGGACUCCGAGACUGAUGCCGGAUACUUUGACGAUUUCAGCAGUGAGGCUGAUAUGGCGAAGUAUAAGGAGGUUCACGACAAGCAACGCGCGUUGGAGGAUAUGGCCGAUCGCGAUGACAAGAUGAGCAAGGGUCUAUUUGUUGGCUUUACUUUCCGGCAUCGCAAACCUGCAGUCGAUAGCAACGGUCGCAGCAGCUCGCCACGGAAGCCAAUUGCCACGGAUGGCACAUUCGGCACGAUGUUCUGA